CGCCACUUCCACCACUGUGUUCACUCGUUUCAAUAGUGUCCAGCGCGUCUUUCGCUCGUUUGUUUGUUAGUGGCGCUCCGCGGCUCAUCCUAUCCGUCGCCUGCUGUGGGUUCCCUGCUGCGCAGUGCACUAGCAGUGUUGACGAUAGUAAUUAUUACAAAAGUGUGGAGCUGCCCGCCGCUUACUUCCUCGCACGGAAGCUCGCCCACUCGUUCUCUGCAUUGUGUACGCGUAGGCGAUCUACGUUGUCGCAAUCAUGCCUUCGCUCAUUCGCUCGCUCGCUCUCGUUCCCGCUCUGCUCUCGAGCAUCGCCUACGCCGUCAACCCCGUCGAGGUCCGCGGCCAGGACUUCGUCGAUACCGUUACUGGCAAGCGGUUGAUGAUCGUUGGUGUCGACUACCAGCCUGGAGGACAAGCCGGAUACAAGCCCUCGGCCAAGCAGGAUGCCCUCACAAACGCGGAUGUGUGCCUCCGUGACGCGGUUGUCAUGCAGAAGCUGGGCGUGAACACGAUCCGUGUCUACAACGUUGAUCCUACCCUCGACCACUCCAAGUGCAUGUCCAUUUUCAAUGCCGCCGGUAUUUACCUCAUCCUGGAUGUUAACUCGCCUCUCUCUGGUGAGAGCAUCAACCGCGCCGAGCCAUGGACCUCCUACCACAAGGACUACCUCACACGCAUCUUCGGUGUUGUCGAGAACUUCAAGGCCUUUCCCAACACCCUUGCCUUCUUCGCCGCGAACGAGGUUAUGAACGACCUUCUCACGGCCGAGUUCAACCCUAUGUACAUCCGAGCCGUCCAACGCGACUUAAAGAACUACAUCAAGAACCAUGUCGACAGAGCUAUUCCUGUUGGCUACUCUGCCGCUGAUGUGCGUGAGAUUCUGCGCGACACUUGGGCCUACAUGCAGUGCUCUCACGAUGACGACCAGUCUUCGUCUGAUUUCUUCGGCCUCAACUCGUACAGUUGGUGCGGUGAGGGUGAUAUGCAGACCUCCGGUUACACUGAUCUGGUCAACAUGUUCCAGAACUCUGCUGUCCCUGUCUUCUACUCCGAGUACGGCUGCAACAAGGUUGAGCCCCGUGUCUUCACCGAGGUGGGAGCUCUCUACGGCAGUCAGAUGACCUCUCUCAGCGGUGGUCUGGUCUACGAGUACUCGCAGGAAGAGGCUGACUACGGUCUUGUUGUGAUCAACGAGAAUGGCACUCUAUCUCUUCGCGAAGAUUUCGACAACCUUCAGGACCAGUUUAACAAGCUGGACCUCAGCCUCAUCCAGUCGACAAACGCAUCAAGCACCAACAUCCAGCCCCCUGAGUGCAGUAUGGACCUGAUCACAGCUGAAGAGUUUAGCACAAACUUCACUAUACCAGCCGUUUGCCCUGGAUGCGCCGACAUCAUCAAGAACGGCAUCAGCAACCCUCAGAAUGGAAAACUGGUUGAUGUGACCGACACCAAGCCUAAGCAGACUGUCUACGGCUCCAACGGCAACGAGGUUCAGAACUUGGAGCUUACCAAGCUGACCGAAGCCAACACACCUGGCAACUCAAGCCUGAGCUCAGGGAACACAGGAACUUCUACCGGCACUGCAGCCACGCCAUCAGCGUCAAAGACUGGUUCUGCUAGUAGUAUGUCGAUGGCUGGCUGGUGCAGUAUGAUUGCUCUUGGCUCCCUGCUGACUGCUAUGCUCAACUAGGUAACGCUACUACUCUGGCAUCGACCUCAACCCCGACAGCAAAGGGUGGGGCGUCGACCAUCGGCAGUACUGAGCCAUUGUGGUUUUCACUAGUGGCGAUUUGGUUUCUUGGGAUUUGAGAUAAAUAGGACAACGGCGCGAUGCAUCACCACAAAGCGACAAUGGUAUGUUCAAGCUUUUUCACUUCGCAUACAGUAAGAUGAGAUAGAGGCUAUCUGGAGCCGGGAUUGGUGUACCUUCUUUCGUGUAUAUGGCUGGACGAUGUUGAUCCCUUCUUGCAGCCUGUCCCUGUGGGUCGGCUCUUCACUUCUUCGACGAUAGCUUUCACGUCAAAUAAUGCAGUCAAACACUUGAUCUCGAUCGUUACUGGUAUCUGAACCAUACCGGAA